UGCUUCGAAGAAAAUUUGCGUCGUUGUCUUCGACUGAAAUGGGGAGGAAACUACGUCCUAUCCGGCAGCUCUGACGGAUCGGUUAUCUCGAAUUGGCGACCAGAAAUCGGCUGAUGACGCUGAGGAGAGUCCGCCCUCAAUCGGGUACGAUAUGGCAAUAUUAUUCCGGAGAGUCCUGCUGCUGCUCUUGGGAGCUUACAUAUGCUUCACGUGCUAUUCCGGCUACCUCCUCUUUACCCGGGAAGAUCGGAAUCUCAGGAGUAUACCAAAUCAGUCCGCAUCGAGUUAUCUAGACAAGGCUAAUCUUCGAUCUACGGUGGAUCGUUCCGAUGAUGAUUGGAAUCCCUGGGGUGAGGAUUUCGAGCCGGAGCGCGUGAACGCCGCGAGAGGUGAUCCCGCUCACACUUCGUACUCUCGUCAAGUCGAAGAUAACCGUCCGGCAAAAUACACGGUGGAAAUCUGGGGGAAAGCUGCGAUUGGCAACUAUCUGUGGGAGCAUAUAUUCGCGGCUCGUCUGGAGACGCGAGAGGAUGGAGCACUGCGAUCCGGGUCCAAGAAGAUUGGAAAUAUUCGCUUCAAGUAUCGCACCGGACCGGGAAUCAUCCCACAGACCGCACCGAGUGACGUGGAAUAUCUCAUCCUGGUGCUGAAUGGGAGGAGCAAAGACAAGAUCUCUUUCGCUCGAUCCUGGUUGGACUAUCUUGACAAUUAUCCUCGUCUUCAACAUACGAUCGUAAUUCUCCUCGGCGAUGAACAAUGUCGGAAUGGUUGGCUUACACGUUACAUGCGAUCGAAAGGUGGCAAAAUUGAUGCGGCUUUCAUCGUUUACGACACCGGUCUAGUUGAUGAUCACGAAAUCUUUCAGUGGCCGCUCGGUGUCGCAACCUACCGCGGAUUCGGUCCUCUGGACUCGCAUAAGUUGGAUAUCGAGAGUUCGAGGCCUUACAAAUGCAACUUCCUCGGAACCGUUUAUCCCAAAUCUUCUCGGAAAGUUCUCAUGGAUAUUAUUUCAAGACAGAACGGAUUGAAUAAGGCUUGUUUCACGAAGCCGAGAGAAGAAUGGCUGCCGAACGAGACGAGCCAGAGCCUCCAAAUGUACCAAUACGCCCUCUCGCUGUCGGAUUUGACCCUGAAUCCUGUGGGAAUGAACACCGAAUGUUAUCGAAUCUACGAAGCAAUGGCGUACGGAUCCGUGCCGGUAGUGGAGGACAAAACGACCCCGGGAUUGUGUCAGAAUCCAGCUUUACGGCUGUUGAAGAAACACAAGGCGCCCUUCAUCUAUGUCAAGAACUGGAUCACGGAUUUCCCGCGAAUUUUGGGCCAGGAAGCGGCUCUGAGCUUGAAGGAGAAAAUUGAACGCAGAGUCGCACUUGUCGAGUGGUAUGAGGGAUUCAAACUCGAUAUGCGCAAACUGCUCAUAGAUAUAGCCAAGCGGAAAUUCGGCUUGACGGAUUGACCUUCAGUAAGUUCUAGAUAACUGAUCUAGUAUCCUCGACCUAGCGGAUGCUGUUUCCGGUAGUGAAGAAGGCACGCUCGAGAGUCUUUCAAUUCCUCAUUUUCUCAAUCGACAUCCGCUGAUAGCAUUCGAGCUAUCCACCGUAGGCAAGGGUCUCAUCGGGUCGAGGG